AUGGAUCCCGGGCAAGCAAACAACGGACCCGCGGCUUCCGAUGACUCUGCUCGGAGAGCGAUUGAGGUCCGCUUAGGCAAUAUAGAAAGCCUCCUCCGGGAUCUCUCCCAACGCCCCGUCUCCACUCCAGGAAGUAACAUUCAUUUUCCUGUCACCCCUGCAGCCUUCCCAGGUCUCGAUCCAGCCUCUGCAUCUACAGCGGCUUUUGACACUUCCGAUGAGGAGUCUGUUCUGGGUGGUGAUUCGGUCAUUGCCCAGCAAACCACCUUGGCUAGCGACCUUCUCGAGCAUGCCGUCGAGCGCACAUCGUUAAACGAUGUCAGCCCCAAGAUGUGGGAAGCUCUCGCAAACUUGCGACAGUUGGCCGAGCUUCAGAGUCGGCAGUCCAUCAGCCAUGGUCCCCGUUUUCCACUCCAGCAGCCCAUCCCAAAGGGAGGCUUGGGUCAACUGCCAAUGCCUCCUAUGGAAAUUGUUGUGAACUUACUCAAGAGAGUCAGAGCUUCUCCGCCAGGUCUCUUCACGUUUGUCUGCUACUUCAUUGGAAUAAACGACUUUUCCAACCUUUGUCGAAUGGUCUACUUUCCCACAGACGACUUUAGCGAUUCCACCUUCAUCAUCGUCAACGUCGGCCUGUAUUACUUGUUUCUUGAACAGCACCACCUGACCAUUGACAACAAGCCUCUAAAGGAUGAGUUUGCCUCACACCUUUACACAAGUCGCGUCAACCUGGAAACGGCGCUGGCAAACAUGUCUCUCUUCAUGUCGACCAAGAUAGAAACAGUCCAGGCUCUCCUCAUGGGUACAUUAUACACCAUCGACGUCUGCCGACCCUCCGUGGCUUGGCAUCUCAACUGUGCCGCCGCUCAAAUUUGCCAGACUGCUGGUUUUCAUCGCAGGGAUCUCUCAACGCGCAACCCCGAGGAAGCUGACAUCAAGGCGAUCCUUUUCUGGUACACGUAUACAACGGACAAAGCACUGGCACUUCGACUUGGCCGUGCUCCUGCUAUCCAGGAUUGGGAAAUCACCAUUCCACGUACUUUCGGCUUCGAUGGCAUCUUGAGUCUUGAAACCAAAGCUGUUGCGGGUACUUGGCUUAAUGCUGCAACGCUGCAGGGUCAGGUUUAUGAGCAACUGUUCUGUCCAGCAGCAUUAAGCCAACCACCGGCUGUCCUCGCCGAACGAGCCCGUCUGCUGGCAGCUGAGUGCCGUCGUGUCGAGGCAGAGUCGUUUCAGAGCCGAGAAAUGGCCAUCUCAUCGCUCGAGAAAAUCGGUGCUUCCCCUCUCGUGGAUGUCCACCUGAAGGGUGAUGAAGUGCAGUUGCUGUCAACCAUGACUCUCAUUUACAGAGCAGUUCCCGCUCCUGAAGGAUCACCCACAAGGUUCUGUCAAGACUGUAUAGACACUGCACGAAAGGCUUGUCACGCACAUUUCGCAUGCAUGGAUUUGGUGCGGAAAGACCCCCACGCGAGAGCAAUAUAUGUCCAUUGGAACCUGGUGCUGACUCCAUUUGCCCCCUUCUUUGUUCUGUUCGGAUAUGUCAUCGAGACGUCAUCACAAGAUGAUCUCCAACUGUUAAAGCAGUUCAGUGCGUCCAUUGAAGAAACCAGUGAUGCGUCGGAGACCAUGCAAAAGCUAUCGCGACUAUGCAGCAUCAUGAGCAACGUCGCGGCUCUAUAUGUCGAAGCCAAGUCUCAACAAGUUGAAGAUCAGGCAAUGGUGCCAAUUAAUGACGAGUUCGACGUGUAUUUGAGCCAGCUCGGACUCAUGCCUGUUAUGGACUCGACCAUGGGCAAUGCAGGUGAUCCAAAUGCAGAGUUUGGUGAGAACGCCCAAGUCAACCAAAUGGCGGACUGGAUGUCUGGAAGUCGAAAUUUGCUGGGAUUGUUGGAACAGGAUAUAUCGCAGAUCGGAGGUGUACAGUGGCCGCCCAUGUAG